AUGCAGUUUGAUCUAGCUGUUAGCAACGAGCUGAAGUCGACCGAAUUCAGCAAAGGAUUUCGGCAGGCCGCUGCAGACCGUGGCAAUUGUCCCACUGGAGCCUGGGAAGACGUUGGCUAUCCUGAGCACCCAGAAGUCUCCUCACGGCUCUGGAUUGUCGAUAGGAUUCUGAGCCCACAGACCUUUCCCCAUUUUCUAAGCGUCUUGGGCCACGGCCGGUUACCUGGUGGAAACUUGACAACUAUCCCACUCCCUGCCGAAGAAGAGGUCAUGCUUUUACUACAACCAUACUCGAAUUGGGCCACAGCACCCUACAGCAGCAUGGCGGAAACGCCAAUUGAUAACUGUAUGAAGUUUGUGGGCUCAGACGAAGUUCCCCGCCAGCUCGUUCCCAUCACCAAAGAGCUUCAUUCAAUCAAAUCGAGGAUAUGGGAAGGGCUUCCCCCACUCUCGAAAAGAAGAUGGGAAGAUCUUGAUCUGGACAAUCCCGACAAUUUCAGGGCGGCUUGCAAGUACUUGGCAAUGACCACAGACGCUUUCAAUUAUCUCAACAUUCCUGUUAUAAAGUCCGCAAUGAGAGAUACGCACAACAGCAUUUACGACGAAUUGGAGACGUUUGAAAAGGCCAUCAAUGCACGUCGUUCAGUCUCGGGGGGACAGCCCUUGAGAUUGGCAGCAUUAUGGUAUGAAUUUUUCAAUGCCCAUUGUUCGUUCAUUGCUUCCCGUGCGCACUGUUGGGUGAUCGAAAACAUAGAUCGACUCAGGGAUGGUGUUUUAGAGCGAAUGGAGAAUCUCCCUCCAGGUUCUGAUGAUGAGUGGUUGGGUGGGGCAUUUCUGGAGCUGGCAGACAACAUUUACGAUCUGACGCAGAAUGCAGCCGCUGCAGACAUAGGAAUUUAUAUCCCCAUGGACGGAUACAGGGGCUCUGGUGUGGAAUCUGCGGACAGCUGGGAGCCUAACGAUUCUGACAAGGCUCCCUACCGUGAAUACCCAAUCGAGAGCCAUCCGUCGGUACAAAAGCGAACUGCAGACUACCAUGCUAGAUUGAAAUAUCUUACCCGUGUCGAGACAUGGAGGGGAAGAGAGUCGCAAAAUCCUGCAUUCGGGCCAGGAGGCAUGAAUGCAACCGACCCUUCCACCUUUGCUAUUGGCGUUGUCGGCCAGUGUCGGAGCCAAGGUCAGGCACAAAAGAGUACGCGUUCCGAAAUGCGUGGGUCUAUGAAACUGCCAGAUACGAUUGGGAGAGAGAUGUGGAUUGACGAACUCCGACAACACAUUUCUAGUGGUCAACUAAGGACUAGUUUUCUCGUCUAUCGAACAUGUUUUGACCAUAGUGACGAUCAGUGGAAACUUUUCAAGGCGAAAUUCGAGGCUGAUGUCAACGACUGGGGUCGAGAUCUCGAAGCAAUCGACGACAUAAAGAAUCUAUUCAAGGUGCAGUGGGUGGAUGCCAGAGAUACAGCUGAGAGUCCCAUUGAUAUUGAUGGAGCUAAGAGCAAAUUUCGGGAACUUGUACAGAGUGGUGCCAUCCCUAACGGGUUCCAUGAUGGAUUCUUCCUCGCAGCAGAUAAGUCGUCUGUUGACUCGUAUCUGAACCCCGGUGCCAACCAAAGCGGAUUCAUUGUGGCAGUAGACAACAACUUUGAUCGCGAAGAUACCAGCGGUUACAGGAUGGACGAAACACCUGGCUAUGAUGGACAAGUCAGAAUCUUGGGGAGCCUACUCUGGGAUGACGUGAGCGCACAGAUAUCGCGCCAGUCACAGUAUCUAGAAGACAUCUGGCCACUCGCAAUGCAGCACGAUCUUCAGGUGUAUGAAGGCCCUUGGAUCAAAGAGAAGUUGAAGCCCAGUCAGUAG